CUUUUGUUAAGGCUGGUAGUAUAAGAGAACACAAGCUUAACGUUCAUUCUUGAAUGAAAUCUCCUGUAAUAUUGCUCUGUUCUGCAAAUAAGAAUGGUGGUGAAGGUGUAUGGCCCAGACUAUGGAAGCACUAAGGGAGUGAUAGUGUGUCUGAUUGAGAAGGAAGUUGAGUUCGAAACUGUGCAUGUUGAUGGCUUUAAGGGAGAACACAAACAGCCCGAAUAUCUCAAGUUGCAGCCCUUUGGACUGAUGCCUGUUGUUGAAGAUGGGGAUUAUGUUCUUUAUGAAUCACGGGCAAUACUGAGGUAUUAUGCAGAAAAGUACAAAAAUCAAGGGACGAAUAUGUUGGGAAAGACAAUGGAAGAGAGAGGGCUUGUGGAACAAUGGCUUGAAGUUGAAGGGCAUAACUAUACUCCACCGAUCUACAACUUGAU